AUGUCGCUCGACCUACAAAGCCAAUGGCCACACUCUUUCAUCGGCUGCAACUAUACUAUCGAAAAACAUGAUUGUACCACCGCCACCUGCUGCGUGGCGCAGUCCAGCUUCCUCUACGUUCCGGAGUACUGGCCAAAUCUCUUUUACGCCAUUCUGUUUGGAGUCUUCAUCCUUCCGCAGGUGUUCCUUGGUGUGAAGCACAAGACCUGGGGGUACAUGGCUGGUAUGGUCACUGGACUGGUGGUGGAGGUGAUUGGAUAUGUCGGGAGGGUAUUGUUGAAUGACAAUUGGUUCAACAAUGAUGCAUUCUUGAUGUAUCUCAUCGCCCUGACCAUCGCGCCCGUCUUCAUCACCGCGGCAAUCUACAUCUGCCUCACUCGCAUCAUCAUCAUGUACGGCGAGCACCUCUCCUUCUUCCGACCCAGGACCAUCGCGAUCGCUUUCAUGUCCUCCGACUUCAUCUCCCUCGUCCUGCAAGCAGCCGGGGGCGCCAUCGCGGAAACGGCCGACGACGGCUCUGACACCAAGCAGACUGGCGUGGACAUCAUGAUCGCCGGUCUUCUCUUGCAAGCCAUCAGUCUGGUCGUCUUCAGUGCAGUAUGGGCACACUUCCACAUCAGCUUGCGGCGUGGAAUUCCGGACCAGACUCCGGAUCGAAGGCGAGCUCGAGGGCGGAAGAUCUUCAAGCUCUUCCAGGCUGGUUUGAUGUUAGCGACUGCCGCGAUCAUUGUGCGAUCCGUGUAUCGCGUCGUGGAAUUGUGGGGAGGUUUUGAAGGCGAGCUGUGGAAUAACGAAAAGGACUUUAUUAUCAUGGACGGCGCGAUGAUGGGUCUCGCAGUUGUGCUUUUGACACUUUUACACCCGGGGUUCUCUUUCCAGGGACACUGGCAGACGACUGGUUGGAAUGUGAGAGGUUCGAGACAGAAAGGCGCUGUUGGUGGGAAGAGUGCAGAAGAGGCUUGA